CAUUGCUCAGUAUAUAAUGAAGAGCAGAGUGAUAUAUUACAAGUUGACUUUAUGACUUCAGUGCUGAUUGUUUAAAAGCUUACUUGAACUUCAGGGCAAGUACAUAUUUCAGCAGGGCAAGUAAACAUUCUUAGCUACUCGCCCUGCAGGGCAAGUUGCUGAAAAGAAAUUUGCCGACCCCUGGAAAUUACCUGACAUGACUCUGUGAUCCUGUAAAUACCAUGUGGAUAUGACCUUACACGGCUCUGUGAUUCUGUAAAUACCAUGUUGAUAUGAUCUGACAUGUGUCUGUGAUCCUGUAAAUACCAUGUGGAUAUGACCUGACAUGACUCUGUGAUCCUGUAAAUACCAAGUGGAUUUUACCAGACAUGACUCUGUGAUCCAGUAAAUACCACGUGGAUAUGACCUGACCUGAGUCAGUGAUCCUGUGAAUACCAAGUGGAUUUUACCAGACAUGACUCUGUGAUUCAGUAAAUACCACGUGGAUAUGACCUGACCUGAGUCAGUGAUUGUAAAUACCAAGUGGAUAUGACCAGACAUGACUAUGUGAUCCUGUAAAUACCAAGUGGAUAUGACCAGACAUGACUAUGCGAUUCUGUAAAUACCAUGUGGAUAUGACCUGACCUGAGUCAGUGAUUGUAAAUACCAAGUGGAUAUGACCAGACAUGACUAUGUGAUCCUGUAAAUACCAAGUGGAUAUGACCAGACAUGACUAUGUGAUUCUGUAAAUACCAUGUGGAUAUGACCUGACCUGAGUCAGUGAUUGUAAAUACCAAGUGGAUAUGGCCAGACAUGACUAUGUGAUCCUGUAAAUAACAUGUGGAUGUGACCAGACAUGACUAUGUGGUUCUGUAAAUACCAUUUGGAUAUGACCUUACAUGACUCUGUGAUCAUGUAAAUACCAAGUGGUUAUAUAAGCCUUUACAUGACUCUGUGAUCCUGUAAGUUAUCAUGUGGAUAUGACCUCACCUGACAUGAAUCUGUGAUCCAGUAAAUACCAUGGAUAUAUAACAUUACCUUGUGAUUUCCGACCUACCAUUUGAAUAUUAUCAUGUGGAUAUAAACUGACAUGACCCUGUACCCUGUAAUUACCAUCUCUAUAGUACAUCCAAAGAUACCUGCAUGGUCUUGUAUGACCUGACGUGUUGAUGAGACAUUUAUAUGGGGUGUAGCUUUCUUUGCAUAGGAUUCAAGAUUCACAGUAACAUUGAUGUAUGUGCACAGAAAAUUCUGUAGAAGUACACCUUUAAUGUAUCUCUUCUUUAAGUGAAUAUGCAAUGAGGAAACAGAGCUACUUUACAGUCACAGUUAAUUAUCACAUGUUUCAUAAUUUUUCAGACAUUGAAGAAGAAUUCCUGAAUACUUUGGCACCUCAACAAAAUAAAUAUACCAAGUCUUAAUGCAGCUAUGCAACUGAAGGUUGUUGAGAUAGUCAUGAUGAAAGGAUCAAAAUACAUCCGUGUGGCUUUGGUGCUGGGGCUAGUUGGCUUGGUAGGGACCAUAAUGGACGACACUUAUCACACCACUUCCUCAGGCCACACGUGUAAGAAGUGUGAACCUGGGACAUACUGGGUGGCAGACUGCACGUCUAAUAUGCAGCAAGACCAAUGCCUGCCUUGUCCGUCUGGCACGUACCAGCCGAACUUUAACAUAGCACACUCCUGUGCACCCUGCAAAACGAUGUGUCCUGGUAACAAUCACCAGGAGGCUAGGAUGGUGAUUCAAGCAGAGUGCACACUUAAAUCUGACUUGAAGUGUAUCUGCAGUGAUGGAUAUUGGAUGGAGCAAGGUCCCAACCCAGUGUGCAGAACUGUGUCUGCCUGUCCCCUUGGAACAGGAGUUGUGAAACUUGCUGAUCAGUACAACAACACGACCUGUGAACGGUGCAGGCCAGGUACUACCUAUUCCAACAUCAGCUCGAAGACUGAGACCUGUCAGAACUGCAGUGUGUGUGGACCUGAUCAGGAGGUCAAUCAAGCCUGCAACAUACAGAAUGACACUAUCUGCGUAUCAAAGGACGUAUCAAAGGACGAGCAACAUGGUUUUCCCAUAGAAGCCAUUGUUGGAUUGGUAGUUGUUGCAGUGGUUAUUGCAAUUGCAGCCUUGGUAACGAUUGUAUUUCUCUACUUUAAACGCAGGAAAGAUGGGAAAAGCACGACACUCAAAGAUCUGUGUGUCAGAGGCAAUGAAUGCAUUAAUGAAGAGAGCAGCAGUCAAGGAACUGAUGUAGAAACCCCAUUGAAUCCACAAUUGCCAGGUCUGUUAAAGGAUGAUUCUCUGUCGAGAAUUGCCGGACAGAUAGGAAUUAACUGGAUGUCUACUGGGCUUUCAUUGGGCUUGACAAAUGCAACUCUGGACCAGAUUAAGAUGGAUUAUCACUGGUCAAUACAAGAGGCGAUUAGGAGAAUGCUCAUGAGAUGGAGAGACGACCAUUUAGACAAGAAUCCCCAUCCAUCUUUUGAAGAGAUGAAACGCUGUUUAGUUCAAGCGUUGAAAGUACACGAGGGUACUCUUGCUUACCAAUUGGAGCAGAUAGAUAUCAAGGACACUUACCAGUGACCUGUUACUCCACUUACGUGUUAUAACAAGAGUGUGGCAGAAACAAAUUGAAAAUGUCAUGAAUAUGGCUGCUGUGAUUUUCCCAAAGCAGCAUUUUACCCAUGCAUAAUACAGACGUUAUUUUGACAUCUUUGUUAAAAUCAAAGAAUACCUUAUCGCAUUUUAAGUGUAAUAUGCCUCAUCAUUAUAACAGAACAAUGAAUUAGUCAGAGCAAUGUGCGCUGCAAUAUAUUACAUUUCUUGAAAACAUUUGAGAUAGCAUGGAAGGUUAGUAGAAAGACAGGAGCCAAGAUCGAACUAUGUUUUAUUGGAUUCUGCAUAAUAAUUACAGAGCUCAUUGUAUUGGUUAAACAGUUUAUUCGCCACAUGAUCUUCAGUAACUUCAACACACUUGGUGCAUCAUAUGUGUUCUCUGCUCAAAGUGUCUCUGCUCAGCAUUGUGUUUGGUUCACUUCAUGAGAAACAUUUAAAAAAUUAAAAUUUACAUAAAAAUAUUUUCACUCUGUAUGAUCUGGAAAAGCCAGCUGUUUUUGAAGUUAUAGAUUUGUCUCAUCUUAGAUGUGCAUGUUGUGAACUUUGUGAAGAAAGUAGAAAACAUGUGAAAUAGUUUUAGUUUAUUGUCUGUUUUUAUCAUUAGCAUGAAUAUUUGUAUAAUAGGCCUGAUGUUUUGGUGCAUUUCAAUUGUACUUUUUGUUGAAUAUUAACAUGAAAUAAUACUUUAAUGUAUUAUGAUUACCAAAUGUUCAUAACAGUGUAUUCACUUGUACAGUGCUACAUGUACUUGCAUAUAACAUUGUGACAUUUUGUUCUCAUGUUGUAUUAUAUAAUAUAGUGUUACUCAUAUAUAUAUGCUGUUUCUUUGUUAAGUAGUUUUGUAUUUUGUGUUUCACAAAAAAAACAAAUACCAAAAAAAACUGCAAAGGUAUAAAGGCUUGUAUCCAACAAAAAGUAUUGUAUACACAUCUUUUUAUCAAAAUGUUGUGAAAUUUUUAACUGUGGUUUUGUCAAAUUCAUGCUCACAAUUGUUUUUUGCAUUGGUGUUAAAAUUAUGUUGAUGUAUUUAAAUACUUAUAUGGAAUUGUAUAUAAAUUUGAACAAAGCUUAAGGCAAUUUGUAAAUAGAAGUAUAGAAAAAGAUUCAUACAUAAUUAAAUGUAGGUAGCUGUUAUUCCAUAACUUUAUAUUAAAUAUUUGUGAAAUGUCAAUUAAAGACUGCCAGAUAUAGGAGUUUAUAGGAGUGUAAAUUUGUUGCCAAAAGAAAAUUGCACAUGCAUAUAUACUGGCUGUUCAGUCUGAUCCAGUGAUAGGUUAGUGAUAAAAAUCUUGCUCAAAGCAUGAGUUAGUGAUGAAAAGAUCUGUUCAGACUUUUUAAUAUGCCAGUGUUAGCGAAUUUAUAAAGAUAUGUAGAUAAAUUAACAUUCUUACAAAAACUCUUACAAAUCAGAUAGUUAAUCAUUUGUUUUUCUGACCAAGAAAUGAUUUGUUUAAGGUAUCUUGUGUUAAAAUCUAAUGUAAGAUUGCAAGAAAUUAAAAAUAUCUUACUGACCUAACAUUAAAUCAUUUAUUUUCUAUCAAACCCAGAAAUGAUUUGUUUGAUAAUUUAGUCAAAGAAAACUUUAUUUGCGUCAUCUUAUUAGUAAUUGUCUUAGACUCUUCAAUGUUGUUUUUUUUUAAAUCUUAAUUAGGCAUUAAAAUCCUGAUAAUUUAGGGUAAAUAGAUGUACUAAUACUGUGUUUUGAUGCUUGACCACCUUGAUGUUUCCCUUGUGGCUUUCAAAAUGGGCGUUAUUUAUAAUUUACUGAUAUAAUAUUUAUUGUUGUUUUGUAAGCUAUAUGUGUUUAAACGUAUUGAAAUGAAAUUUGUCCCUAUAUAUUUUUAAUUUGUUUACAAGAUUACAAUUAGUUUACAUUUUGAUAAUGGUUUAAAUUAUGUAACAUAUUUAUUAUGUCCCCCACCACUAUAGUGGGGGACAUAUUGUUUUUGCCCUGUCUGUUGGUUGGUUGGUUGGUGUGUUUGUUUGUUCCAACUUUAACAUUUUGCCAUUACUUUUGCAAUAUUGAAGAUAGCAACUUCAUAUUUGGCAUGCAUGGGUAUCUCAUGGAGCUGCACAUUUUGAGUGGUGAAAGGUAAAGGUCAUCCUUCAAGGUCAAAGGUCAAAUAUAUAGCUUCAAAGCGGCGCAGAAGGAGACAGAGUGUUUCUGACAAACACAUAUCUUAUAUUGUUUUAAUUCCAAUCACUGAACAAUUGAUAGCAUAAAAUAGCUUUUUGAUUCUUCAACAUAAAAAAUGUGAAAACAUGCGUUCACAUAUCAUCUGCACAGUUGAAAUUGAAAAUGUUUACAUGGGAAAAAAUGUUUGUCAACUGCCUUAAAGAAGUCAUAGGUAAAUAUCCUUGUACAUAUUAUUGUUGUAACAUGUAAGCUACUAUUGAAUACCAAGUUCUUUCAUGUAUAUAUUUUCAUUGUUAUUGUUCAUUUGAUGAUUCAAAAUGUUUAUGAAUGCAUUAAAUGUUAAAUGAUUUAUAAAGGU